GUUUCUCUGAGCCGCACCUGUUAAGUGUGUGUCUCCGCCUCACUGCUCUCAGACUGUCGCAGGUAAGAGGACUGAGAGGACUUAAAGAGCUCUGAGACGAUCAACACAAAAUGGCCCCAGUGGCCUUCUGCGCUUUGGUGCUGCUCGGUGUCGUUGGGCCAGCGGUCAGCGACCAACACUCUCUGUACUACAUUUACACCGCCCUCAGCAAAGAUGUCGCUCUACCAGGGAUCUAUGAGUUCACAGCACUGGGUCUGCUCAAUGACCGGGAGAUCGACUACUACAACAGUAAGGAACAGGUUAAGGUUCCUAAGCAGGACUGGAUGAAGGAGAAGAUGCAGCCAGAUUACUGGGAAAAAGGCACCCAGUCUCGCAAGAGCAAAGAGCAGUGGUUCAAGGUCAACGUGGGCAUCCUGAUGGACCGAAUGAGACACAAUCAGACCGACCUUCAUGUUCUUCAGUGGAGACAUGGCUGUGAGAUCGAGGAAGCAGAUGGAAGUCACAGAUUUCUGAGAGGCAUUGAUGAGUACAGCUACGAUGGGUCAGAGUUCCUCUCUUUUGAUGAUGACAACAUGCGGUGGAUCGCUCCAGUUCCAGAAGCUUUGCCAACCAAAAGGAAAUGGGAUGAUGUUCCCAUCCUGAACCAGUACACCAAGGGUUACCUGGAGAAAGAAUGUGUGGACUGGCUCACCAAAUUCAUGGAGUACGGAAAAGAAUCACUGAGAAAACACUCCAAACCAGAUGUUUAUGCAUUUUCAAAGAAAUCUACAAUUAAUUCGGGCAAGCUGACCCUGACCUGCCUGGCCACGGGCUUCUACCCCAAAGACGUGAAGCUGUGUGUGAGGAAGUUUCGCACUUCACUGCCUGAACACCUACUAACAUCUUCAGGAGUCAGACCCAAUGAUGAUGGAACCUACCAGCUGAGGAAGAGUGUGGACAUUGAGGAAGAUGAUACAGCAGAUUACGACUGUUAUGUGAAUCAUAUCACCCUCGCAGAACCAGUAAUUACAAAAUGGGAGGGCCCUCCCUCUCAGGGUGGUCUGGGUUUGGCUAUUGGAGGAGUUGUAGGUGUGAUUGUGCUGGCUGUGCUGGUUGGAGUCGUCAUCUUUAUUGUGAUGCGAAAGGCUGGACCCAAAAACCUCAGAAUUGUGGAGACCACCCCAAAAUCUUUUGAGGUCCAAUGGAAGAAACCACUGGGGAAGAUUGACAGAUACAUUAUAUCGGCUUCACCGAGUGAGACAAGUGGAUCAGUUUUAAGUCAGGAGCUCGAGGUGCCGUCUGGGAAAAACUCUGCCCUGAUUGAUCAUCUGGAACCUGGUUGUUUGUACGACAUCUCUGUGUUUGCAGAAAGAGGCACAUCACGGAGCCGACCAGCAACUGUGGAGGCGACUACUAUGAUCUCUGAGCCCACAAACCUCAAAGUUGUGAAGACCACCCCAACAUCUGUUAUGAUCAAGUGGGAGAAAGCAAAGGGAAAGAUUGACAGAUACAUUGUCAGGGUUUCACCGAGUCAGACAAAUGGAUUAAAUCAGAUUGAGGUCUCAUCUAAAGAAGACUGUAUUGAAAUUGACCAUCUGGAAUCUGGUUGUUCGUACAGCAUCUCUGUGGUUGCAGAAAAAGGCAAUACACAGAGUGAACCAGCAACUGUUCUGGCAACUCCUGCUGGUGGUUCUGACACUGACUCAGGAAGGGGAUCAAAUAAGAGCAGCACUGAAAACGUAUCAGCUAACUCUGAUGCUUCAUCUGACUCUGGUUCUAGAAGCAGUGGGUCACCACAUGGUAGUGUGGAUAACGUUGAUGAAACCACCUCUUUGAUGGAGGGAACGCCCAAUGAUCCUAACAGAGAGGCAAAUGAUCAACCAGCAGAUGAAGAGCAAGCACUGCUGUCUGUUCAAACUCCUUCAGGAUAGAAGAUUGGAGCUCCUCAGGAAGAAUGAUUCAUUUGAUAAGUGUGACAUCAGACAGCAAGUUGACAUCAGACAGCAGCUUGUUGUCCAUUGGAACUGAGCUCCAGAUCAUCCAGGAUUAUACACCAGCAACGCUGAGUCAGCACUUUUUCAUCGUUCUGUUAUGUUGAAGGGCCCAUAUCAUGGGGAACUGAAUUCUUCAUGCCUUUUUAAAUUAGCAACUGUUCAAUUUGAAACAACUUUAACAUAAAUGUUGUUAAAGUCUCAAAAUGUAGUGUUCCCAGUACAUACAAUCCAUACACAGAAACUAAACUGCAAAAACAGCCCAGGAAAAAAAUACAACACAUGAAAAAUGUGUGAUAUGCACCCUUUGACAGAAAUCCUUCACAUUUUAAAAACACUGUAUUACACAUCUGAUAAUGAUAAAAGUAGACAGUCUGGCAGCUCAGAAGCAUCAAAUAACAGCCUCAUACAUUGUUCUUUCAACAUAUGGUAAAAUAUAUAUUUCUUUAUUAGCUCACUUUUACGGUUAAGUGUACUGAUUUUAAUGUUUUUAAGAACAUCCUUAUGAAAAAAAUCCUUAGAAACCAUUGUGUUUUUGUUGGUUUAUGAUGGUUUUGUAAUGUGUUUUGGCUUUUUCAGCGAGUUGAUAUCACAGUUUAAAGGAUCCUAAUGGUUUAUCAGGUGACCCGUGGCUGAUUCUAAGUGCAUUUGAUUUCCUAAUGAGAGCUAAAGGUAUUCUCCAAAAAACAAAAACAACAACACUGGUGGUCUCUUUUGGAAGCCAUUAGGCCAAUUCCAAUUAGAAAGCAAAACCAAUUGGUUCUGGUCCUUUUCAGCAGGGAUGCAUAUAGAGGGCUACACAGACCUAUUUUCUUUCAUGUUUCUACUUUUAAUUAAAUUACAUCUGACAUGGUGUGUUUUUGAUUUUUUCCAUACAGUACUGUACACCAAGGUGAGUGAUUAAACUUAAAGCACAGUCUGAAGGGGGCUAAAACUGUAAGCUAUCAUUUAAGACUUUUGUAGAAUAGUGAACUGUGAUCAAAAAAAGGUACUUUAUGCAAUAAAGCGGAUAUCUUAUUUAAUAUAUUUUUUUAAACCUAUAUCAUUCAUACAUUAUUCAUAUACACCUGUUUAUGGUUUAUGUACAAUAAACAAAUAUAUGCACACUGAAUUUAACAAAACUUGGAAA